GCAAAUCAAGCUCAGUUCAACAUUGACUGUUUGACUGUGGUCUGUGGCUGGUGAAGUACAUUUUUAACGGUGAAACCAAUUUACUUUUAAAAGUUAGUGAAACGGAACUGGAUAUUUAAAACUGAAGAGUUAAAGAAAUACUUAACCGGCGGAAAAAAGUCAUCAUGCCUAUGCAACCUAUUAAAUUUUAUUAUGAUGUUCUGAACCAAUCUAGUCGUGCUUUAUAUAUAUUAUUGGAAGCCUCGAAAAUUCCCUUCGAACCUGUGCAAAUUUCGCUUUUAAAAGGUGAACAUCUGACUGGCGAAUACAGAGAUAAAGUUACCCGCUUCAAACGGAUUCCCGCCAUUAACGACCAUGGAUUUCAAUUAUCUGAAAGUGUAGCCAUAUUCCGCCACUUGGUUAGGGAAAAAAUUGUUCCAGAGCACUGGUAUCCACGUAAAAAUCUGGGUCGCAGUCGCAUAGAUGAAUAUUUAGAAUGGCGCCAGCGUAACCUGGGCGUAGCCAGUACGGAUUACUUCCAGCAAAAAUGGCUCGUACCGUAUUUACAGAAAACUCGAGCCAACGAGAAUUCAGUAAACGGAGCUGCUAAACAACUUGAACGCAAUUUGAACGAUUUCGAAAAUCUCUUUCUACAGUCGAACAAAUUCAUAAUUGGAGAUACUAUUUCGUAUGCAGAUUUAUUGGCCAUAUGUGAGGUGGACCAACCAAAAUAUAUUGGUUAUAAUCCAUUCAUUAAACGCAACAAGCUCUCAAAAUGGUACGAUGCUGUUCGAGAGGAAUUGGGACCAUUCUACAAGGAUGUUUCUGGAGAAUUUGAAAGCAAAUUACGAACGGCUGAGAAAGGUCAUAACGAGGUCAUUUCGAUGAAGCAAUAAUUAUUUUAUCUAUAAUGGGCAUAUGCCCUCUAUCUUUGAUUUGUUAUAUGAUUUCCCUCAAAUUAAAAUCUUAGUUUAUAGAAUGUAAAACCACAUAUCACACAUUACACCCGUAUAUAAGGUGCCGAAUUAGAUAUUAAUGUUGUACUUAAUUAAUAAGAAAUGUUUAACAUAUUUAUAUUAGUGUAUAUAUAUGUAAAUAGAACCGAAUAAAUUAUAAGAAGAUCUAUGUGUCCAUAGUAAA